AUGAUUCUAUUUAGACGAUCACGCUACACACGAAUAAGUCCAGAACCACAACCAAUUGCAACUACACAUCAAUCAUUACCUCUCGAUCAUUCUCAUACUUCACAAUCAUUUACUAUGAAUGAUACCAAGUUUAAUCAAAUACUUUCUACAGCUUCAACAGUUUUGCCAUCGAAUAUUAUUGAUUCAAAUUCUUUACCCGAUCGAACAAAAAUGACUACUCAUCAUCUUCCAACACCUAAUGUUGUUGAACAACAAAACAUUCAUUUAUCAGAUAGUUUAAACAAUCUCACUGAAGAUAUUGAUAUAAAUCCAUCAAAUAAUUCACCUCCAUCAAAUUCAUUACUUAAAAAUAAUUUAUCAACACCAGAUCUUGAUCCAUAUGAAUGUAAAAAACAAACUGCUUUAGCUAAAGCUGAAGCUAAAUUAGAAAAAGCUCAACAUCUUCAUCAAUUAGCACAGCAUAGUGUUGAACAAAGUAUUUCAGAAUUUCUUCGUGCUACAACUAUGCCUAGUAUUAGUAAUGAAUCAAAUUCACAAAAAACAAUCAUUGCAACAUUUGAACAACGUAUACGUACAUUACAAGAAACAAAAAAAAAAUUAGAAAAAAAAAUUACUAAAUAUCAAUCUGAUGUAACACGUAUACAAGCUGGAGAUAUACCACAACAUUAUAGAUCAUCAAAAGAUAUUUUUCCUAAUUUUGAAAAUAAAGUUCCGAAUGGAAGUGAUAAAAAUUGUUCAACAAAUAAUAUAUCAACACCAGUCACACAUGAUCAAACAAUAUCUUCAAGUUAUCCAGAAUCUGAUAAUCAUCAUGCUCAAUUAAAUCUUCCAUCAACAUCAACUAAUCAUAAUAUUGAAACUAUGAAUAAUUAUCAAAGUUUUUUAUCAUUUUCACACAAUAGUAGUGCAUUUGAAACUAAACGAUCAUCUCCAUCAAGUUCAAUAUCAAAUGGAAUUGGCACAUCUCAAUCUUAUAUUAAUUCAAAUUCGGAUGUAUCUGCUAUUCACGACGUUGAUCGAUCACCUUCUGCAAAACGACGUUCAACUGAUGAUUCAAAUAUUGAAGUCAUCGAUCAAAUAUCAGAUCAUUCCAAUGAUGAUCGAUUUGCUAGUUGUACAACAUCCAAACGCAAUACUAUAACAUUAACUGAACAUCAUCAAUUAACGGCAAAAAUUGAAUUUAUGCAGAAAAUCAUCGAUCGUUAUGAUGCAAAAAUGGUUGAAAUGCAAAAACAAAUGGAUUCAUUAAUAUUAAUAAAUAAUUCUCAAAAUGAACGAAAUGAACGUUUAAAUAAUGAAUUAACUGAUCUAACUGAUUUACAUCAAAAUGAAAUCUCAACAAUAAAAAUUGAUUCAAGAAAACUUGAAGAAAAACUUCUAUAUAAUUUACAUGAAUAUUGGACAGAAAUAAUCGAAAGAUUAGAUAAAAUUGAUACAAGGACUACAAAAGUUGAACAAACUCAAGCACAUUCAUUUGAAACAGAAGAAAAUACACAUCGACUUAUAAGUAAACUAGUAAAUAUUCUAUUGACUGUAUUUGCUAUUAUACUUCUUCUACUAUCAACAAUUAAAAAUCUUCUUCAAUCACGUGUUCAUGCCAUAAUUCUUUUAAUUUUUGUAUUUACAUGGAUAAUUAUUCAUUAUUUACCGGAAAAUUAUUUUCAAUUAUCAUUCAUUCAAAGUAAGAUUAAAAGAUUAUCUUGA